GACCGAGGGUUGGGGGGAGGUGGAAACAUUCCGGAACCCCAAAAACUGGUGGGGUGUGCGACACACAUAUAAGCGGAUAAUGUCAACGACAAGUGUCAUUUUCUUGUAUGUGUGUAUAGUGAGAUUCUUAGAGAGUAACCCUCAGUCAAGCGACGAAAGUGGAUCAGAGUGAAACGGAAAGUUCAACUGGAAGGACCUGGAAGAAAGUGAGACACACCCGGAAGAGAAAAGAAAAUAAUUCAAUCAGGAAUGGACGGAAGAUUCCAGCAACACCAGUCAGAUUCUUUCUCCAUCGCCAAUUUAUUAUCGAUGCAACCCAAUCACCAUCAUCACCACCAUCAUCCGCACAGAGUCAUCCAUCCGGAUCCGCUUUCCCAUCUACGCAAAUUGACCAGCCUUCCGGAUGCGCCAGACACCAACGCUCUGCUGGCCAUCCACCAUCAGCAACAACAACAACAACAACACUAUCAUCAACAUCCACCUGGAUCAGCCCCGCCGUUCUUUUGCAACAAUCCAGCCAUCCCAUCCACUUCCGGCCAUCCAACCAUGAUGACCUCCACAGCACCAGGAGCCUCGGAAAAUUUCAACGUUAAACCCGAAGAAUCCAUGACACCCAACGGAGCGAUGAUGGAAGCCGCAGCUCCAAACGAAUCGCUACAAACCGAUCCAGCAUCCAUCGACUCUGCAGAUUCCGAUGAUGGACAGACUGGCAGCAGUGGAGAAGAGAGAAAGAAACGACCUCGCACAGCUUUUUCAGCUGUACAGAUCAAGGCCUUGGAAUCGGAAUUUGAAAGAAACAAAUAUCUGUCAGUCUCCAAGCGAAUGCAGCUGUCAAAACAACUCAAAUUAACUGAAACUCAGAUCAAAAUAUGGUUCCAAAAUCGCAGGACCAAAUGGAAACGCAAAUACACCAACGAUCUAGAAAUGUUGGCACAACAGUAUUAUUCAUCGUUGGGAAUAUUAGCCCCUAGGCCUUUAUUUAUUGGCGAUCGACUCUGGUUUUUGAAUCCGUCUGGUAACUACGUGGCAACUGCGGGACCACCACCACCGCCCCCGAAUCUCUACCAUCCUCGUCCAUCAUCUAUGAUUGAUCCGAUGAUUCACCUCGCCAAUAUGUCAGGAUUGAACCAUCCAUCGCCGGCCUUUGAGCCACAGUCAUUAGGUUCGAAUAACGGGUCUGUAUCAGGUCCCCAGUUCUCGCCCACUUGGACUCCACCCAUGCUGCGCGUCGCGCCCCAACAACAACAACAGCUAGGCAACGACAGCGCCGCUGGUAGCCCAGUGGAUCCAAUUAGUCUCAGUUUCACUCCCAGUCCCGAAGACCUCCAACCCAAAGAUGUUUAGUCCUUUUUUUUUUAAUUAUUCGGCACAAUUUUAGUAAUAAAAAAAUAAUAAUUAAUAAGG